AGAGGCAGAAGGGAAAGGAGAGGGGAAAAAAAGAUGAAAUCCAGCCUGCAGUCCCUCUGAGCAAGUGCUGAGGACCUGGGCUGCCCACUCUCGCCCGACCCUGCCUCAUGUAGAGCCUACAGAGGACUCAGGGCUCUUCUGGAGGCGCAGCUGGGGAGGGGCUGGUGGGGAGAGAGGCGACGGGCUUUGCCUCUGCUCCCCAAGCUCUGCCUUGCGGGCCCCUGGUUGCUCCUCCGGCGCGGCUCCGGGCUGGGGGCUAAGAUGAGUGAGCGGAGAAGAUCUGCAGUAGCCCUCAGCUCCCGGGCUCACGCUUUCUCGGUAGAAGCCUUGAUUGGGACAAAUAAAAAGCGGAAACUGCGAGACUGGGAGGACAAGGGGUUGGAUUUGUCCAUGGAGAGCCUCAGCCCCAAUGGCCAGCUAGGGGAGAACGAAGACCCGACCCAGUGCCUGGACCUCAACCCCGAUUCAGAGCAGAGUAUUGGGUCAGACACAGAAGUGUUGACUGAGAGAACAUCCUGCUCAUUUGGCUCCCACUCUGACCUCACAUCUGGUGGCUCAGGUCCCCAACCUCCUCCUUCAUCAUCCAUGGAGGAGAUCCAGGUAGAGCUGCAGUGUGCUGACCUCUGGAAAAGAUUCCAUGACAUUGGGACAGAGAUGAUCAUCACUAAAGCAGGCAGGAGAAUGUUUCCAGCCAUGAGAGUGAAAAUUACAGGAUUAGACCCUCACCAGCAGUAUUACAUAGCCAUGGACAUUGUGCCUGUGGAUAACAAGAGAUACAGGUACGUGUAUCACAGCUCCAAGUGGAUGGUGGCGGGCAAUGCUGACUCCCCAGUGCCCCCCAGGGUGUAUAUCCAUCCUGACUCAUUGGCUUCUGGCGACACCUGGAUGAGGCAGGUUGUCAGUUUUGACAAACUCAAGCUGACCAACAACGAGCUUGAUGAUCAAGGCCACAUAAUCCUACAUUCAAUGCACAAGUACCAGCCUCGAGUUCAUGUGAUCCGCAAGGACUUCAGCAGUGAUCUGUCUCCUACAAAACCAGUCCCUGCAGGUGAUGGAGUGAAAACUUUCAACUUCCCUGAAACUGUCUUCACCACAGUGACAGCCUAUCAAAACCAGCAGAUUACUCGACUAAAAAUUGACCGAAACCCUUUUGCUAAAGGAUUCAGAGAUUCUGGGAGGAACAGAACUGGCCUGGAGGCCAUCAUGGAAACAUAUGCGUUCUGGAGGCCCCCUGUGCGUACCCUCACUUUUGAAGAUUUCACUACCAUGCAGAAACAGCAAGGGGGCAGCACAGGCACCUCCCCAACAACCUCCAGCACUGGGACCCCAUCACCCUCUGCCUCCUCUCAUCUCCUCUCUCCAUCCUGUUCCCCUCCAACCUUUCACCUGGCCCCCAACACUUUCAAUGUUGGCUGCCGGGAGAGCCAGCUGUGCAAUCUCAACCUGUCCGAUUAUCCCCCAUGUGCCAGAAGCAACAUGGCUGCCUUACAGAGCUACCCAGGGCUAAGUGACAGUGGGUACAACCGACUCCAAAGUGGCACUGCUUCCGCCACUCAGCCCUCAGAAACCUUCAUGCCUCAGAGGACUCCAUCCUUGAUUUCAGGAAUGCCUACUCCUUCCUCUCUGCCUAACAAUGGUAAGAUGGAGGCCUUUGGUGGCCAGCUGGGGUCAUUCCCAGCCUCUCAGUUUCAAUAUGUCAUGCAAGCAGGCAACCCUGCCUCCACCUCUUCUUCUUCACAUGUGUUUGGUGGUGGCCACAUGCAGCAGAGCUCCUACAAUGCCUUCUCCCUUCACAACCCUUACAACCUGUAUGGAUACAAUUUCCCUGCUUCCCCUAGGCUGGCAGCAAGCCCAGAGAAACUGACCACCCCUCAAAGCACUUUACUCUGUUCUUCCCCUUCCAAUGGGGCUUUUGGAGAGAGGCAAUACCUUUCAACAGGGGUGGAUCAUGGAAUGCACAUGAUCAGUCCUCCAUCCAGCAACCAGCAAACAGCCAAUGCCUGUGACAACAGACAAUAUGGGUCUGUUCCAGGCUCAUCUUCACAGAUGUCUGUGCACAUGGUUUAACCAGUGAUUUGUCUCCUUGGAACUGAAGGCAGCAAGACCCUCAUUGUCUCCAUGGGUGAUCCUGUCUCAAUACCUUUUUGCCUUUAAACUUGUAAUGGAACUAGUAGUUUAAUUAUCAAUGGAAACACAAGCCAUCUAAGUUACACUCCAAAUAAUCCAAUGGAAAGCCCCUGCUGACAGCCUCUGCUGCUCAUUGUAAUCCCGGGCCUAAGCAUCUGCAAUGGAGCGUCUGCACCAAAUGGACUUUUCAGAGAGAAGGGCUCACUUAAGAGAAGCUGGAGUGAAUCAGAUUAAAUACAGUAUAUGCAUUAACUCUCAAUUAGCGUGAACUCUUGAUCUUGAGGGAGUCUUGUACGUGUGCUAUCUCCUCCAUACCAAAGGAAAGAAGUCACUGAAGAGUUCAUCUUACAGAACUGCACUGCCCAUGAGAGGCCAUUGCAUUAAUGGCCUCACCCUUCCCUGACUUUUCCUUGCUGCCUGAGUGGUUUAGCAUAUUGCUGAAGUUAACACAAGUCCUGCGGUCCCCUCUCCUCGCUGUAGUAACAGAACAUUAUUGCUGAACUGGAACGUCUCUCCUGCAAAAGAUAUUUACUUUCUGAGUCUGGCUGUGCCUGGCAGGCAAUUUUCCUUAUAUGGGUCUAGCUCACAAUGGUGCCAUGCCUGCAGAAAGAGAGAGAGCCAGAGCGAGGAGUUUUAACUCAUAAAUUAAAUGUUUCUUUGAACGCCUUAGUCAGCAGAGGUGGAACCUCUGCCAUAUUCUGGGGGACAUUUUUAGAAUGAUACAGAAGGGGAGAGGUGUCUCAGCUGUGCAACUCCUGUGGAUGUCACCCAGAGUAGUACAGCCAAAACCCCCCCAAAAACCUGUGCUUGGAACAUACAUGCCCCACAGCAUUCAACUCAACAGGAGAAAAAGCUCCAAAUUCAGCUCAUGGUGAAUGGUGACAAGAAAAGAGAGCUCUGCUCUUCUGCAAACCUGAGAUAUAUAGUAUGGCCAACUUCAUCUAUCUUGCAUGCAAGAGUUGCCAUAGAAAACCUUUAGCAUUUAAGUAAUGAUAAGGGCAGGUGUUCUCCACCCAGCCUGCCAUUAGAUCUCUGUUUUACCAAAUAGAUCAUUGCCUUUUGAAGUUUCUUUCUUUUCUGUUUUUUUCUCCUUUUUCUUCAAAUCCUUUAAAAAUAAGAAAACAAUUUUCGCUUGGUGUGAGCUAAGCCUUUAAGUUGUGUGAAAAUGCAAAUACCAAGUAACAGAAUACAGAUAUUAUUGAGAUUUGUUUUGAGGUGUUGUAUAAAUGUAUUUAUGUGCCUAGUGGGGGAUUCAAUAUUAUGAAUAUAAAAGAGGGCAAUAAAAAGUGUAUGUAAAAUAUGUAUGAAGAAUAAAAGGUGUAUAAAGAUUUGCCCUAUGCACGGAACUCUGUUUCUAAGUGCCAAGCACAGAAAGCGCUAAAUAAAUCUUUGCAAUUGUU